CACACACACACACACCAUCUUCUAAUAAUUCUCCUUUAGUCUUAUUACAAGUGAGUACGAUAAACAAUGGGUUCAAGAUUGGUAGACACCAUUCCUUCCCUAAGCUAUGAUGAUGAUAAGAGUGAUGAUGCAUAUGCGUUUGUGAGAGCUCUACGUAUGAGUGGUGGAGAUGGAGCCAACAGUUACUCUGCCAAUUCCCUUCUUCAGAGAAGAGUUUUAUCGAUGGCCAAACCAGUAUUGGUUAAAAACACACAAGACAUGAUGAUGAACUUAGACUUUCCAAGCUACAUCAAGGUUGCUGAACUGGGUUGUUCGUCCGGACAGAACUCAUUUCUGGCAAUAUCUGAGAUCAUCAACACCGUCAAUAUGUUGUGCCAACAAUUGAACCAAAACCCACCAGAAAUCGAUUGUUGUCUGAAUGAUCUCCCGGAGAAUGAUUUCAACACGACUUUUAAAUUCGUACCUUUCUUCAACAAGGAGCUCAUGAUCACAAACAAAUCAUCAUGUUUCAUCUACGGAGCACCAGGCUCCUUCUACUCUAGGCUCUUCUCUCGCAACAGCCUCCAUUUUGUACAUUCCAGUUACGCUCUUCAUUUUCUCUCCAAGGUUCCUGAAAAGCAUGGAAACGAUAAGGGAAGUGUGUACAUAACUAGUUCAAGUCCUCAAAGUACAUACAAGGCUUACUUGAAUCAGUUCCAAAAAGACUUCACCAUGUUUUUAAGGUUACGUUCUGAAGAAAUUGUCUCAAAUGGACGCAUGGUUCUCACCUUCAUUGGUAGAAAUACUCUUAACAAUGAUCCAUUGUAUAGAGAUUGUUGUCACUUUUGGACAUUGCUAUCCAAAUCUCUCCGUGACCUGGUCUUCGAGGGCCACGUGAGCGAAUCAAAACUGGAUGCAUUCAACAUGCCGUUUUAUGAUCCAAACGAACAAGAACUCGAAGAAGUGAUACGAAACGAAGGCUCUUUCGAAAUCAAUGACUUAGAAAAACAUGUAUUCGACCUUAGCCUUAGUAACAACAACAACGAAGAAGAUGACUAUGAGGCAGGAUACAAUGCAGCGAAUUGUAUAAGAGCAGUUACUGAACCAAUGCUCGUUGCUCACUUUGGAGAGGAUAUUAUCGAUAUCUUGUUUGAUAGGUACGCACACCAUGUUGCUGAGCACGCUAGCUGCAGGAACAAGACGAGUGUCACUCUUGUCGUUUCAUUGGCUAAGAAAUAAUUAGCUUUUGUGGGUUAUGCUUUUAUUUACAAUCUACUAUAUAUUAUUAUUUUUUCUCCAUUAAUGUAUUCCAAGACUCGCCCGCUCGUGUUAUGAUGCCAUUCUAGUAUUGGAAAAUAAAUCAAGAUUGUAAGAUGUUGUGUUUGUUUUAUUUUAAGGUCACUUUAAUUUGUUGUAAUUAAUAAAUUGAUAAUAAAACUUAUCAAUAUGUUGUA